UUUGGUGGGUUUGAUAUCACGAAACACGCUGCUUUCGUUCCAUGAGUCGAUUUAUUUUAUUUUGUUCUCCGUAAUUAAUACGAGUUUGCUUGUUAAUAUAGUGUACAAAACAAAAUUGGCCACAAUGUCUGUACCUAAUCCACGGGAAUUUUCCCGCGAUGGUAAAUAUUUCGCCUUCAUCAACAGUCAGGGCAAGUUUGUGGUUCACGAGGUUGAAACGAGCAACGUGAGCCAGGUCUACACCCCAAACCUACACCUCAACGCCCCGUGUACUUGUUUUGCUUGGAUUGUAGUUGGUGACGGAGGUGGACAAAGUGCCAAAAAGAAAAAGAAACGAACCAGUACCAGUAGUCCGACGGGCGAAACUCAAACAAUGGUCGUGUUUGGCACUAGCAAAGGCGGGGUUGCACUGUACAGCUUAGCUUCGUCCAAGAUUGAACAAACAUUCAAAGGUGCUGGACACUCCGGACCGAUUGCAGCUAUUUAUGCGGAACAGGAAAAAGAUGCUGUAUUCACUGCCGGUGCAGAUGGAAAGGUGCUGGAAUGGAGUUUGAGCGGAUGCGAGCAAAAAUUGGUUCAUAAUAUGGGAGUAGAAAAACUGACUUGCAUGUUGGUGAUUGACGAAGGGAGGAAAGUGUUGACGGGUUCCAAACAGCUCAAACUUUGGGAUACUUCAACAGGAAAGGUAGUCAAAACGUUGAUUGGUCACACAUCAAAUACCGUGCUGGUUGAGAAGUUGAUUGGACCUGACGGCAAAACCUAUGCCCUGACUGGAUCUAUAAAUGAUCGGAACGUAACACUAUGGUCCCUGGAGGGGGAUGAAACGUCACCAGUCGGAUUGUUUGCCAUAGAUGGCGGCCCAGAGUACAUUUCUGCACGACUAGUCGCUUCCAAAGUACAUUUGGUUGCCGUUUCCAAAUCGGGAGUAGUGCAUUACUACAUAAAAGAUUUGGAAAAAAUGAACACCACCAAGCCUGUUAAAGCGAAACACACGUACGAAGUAGCGCUAGACACAACCGAAAGCGAUUCAAAAACUGUUGAGAGUUUGCCAAUAUUCGUAGCCAGUAAUAAAUUCUCUCCGAAUCAGGAGCAAUUGCUGAUUGCGUAUGGCACUGAACACAAUCUUAAAUUUGAACAUAUUAUCGUCGAGAAGGAACUCAAGCAAAACGUGAUAAUUCGCGAAGCAAUCUCUAACUUCCAACAGAAGGGUCAAGACGGGAAAAAUCUUAAAACCAAAACACCCACUGUAGAUAGCGCCGCAGCGGAGUUCUUGAAUCCUGUCAAUGCUGGCAGGAAAUCUUUGAAAACGGUUGAAAUUCCAAUGGAGGCAAGGUUGGAAAACCUGGCUCUUACGGCCGAUAGCAAUGCUAAGGCAGAAUCUAGUCCUAAGAAUAUGGUCCACUUGCUAGUGCAGGGAUUACACAGCAAGGAUGCUGCUAUCCUACGAAGUGUGUUUGGCAGAAACGAACCGGAAGUGAUACAACGAACCGCAGAAAGAAUACCGGCUCAAUACAUAAGUAUCCUACUGAGCGAAAUUUCCAGUCUUAUGCAGAAAAAAACGGUUCAUGUCGCCACGGCAAAUUGUUGGUUAAAAGCCUUGAUCCAUAGUCACGCCAGCCAACUAAUGGCACUUGGGUCAGAAAACCUCCUUUCAAACUUCGGAACCUGCUUAGGAAUCAUUGAGUAUCGAGUUCAGCAUGCGAAUUCACUCUCCAAGCUGAGGGGCCGUCUGGACCUACUGGUAGAUCAACUCGAUCGAACCGAACGAUUGGCGAAAAAUCCAGAAGAGCUGGCAAAGUCCAGCCAUUGUCUAAUAUACCAAGAAGAGGACGACUCAGAUGUGGAUUCAGUAAUCGGUAAGGAACUUGCUUCAAACGAAGGUUCUUCGGGCGAUGAUUUUGAUGGGGUGAUGGAUGAAGUUGACGAAGAAGAGGAUGCGAUGGCAGGAAGCUUCGUUCGGUUGCGCAACGGAACGGCAAACCACGAAGACGAAUCAAGUGACGAAGAACAAAAUGCACAACAGAUACAACCGGAAGAAUCAAGUGAUGAUGAUGAUGAUGACGAAGAGAUGGAUGUUUCGGAUUAACUAGUGUUCAUAGAAUAGAAAGUUAUGUAUGCAAAUUGGAUUGCUGGAUCCAAUACACAAAUUUGUCUAAAAAAAUACA